AUGCUUAGAAGGCUCUUCCUAGCCGCCGUGACGCUCGUUCAAGUCUGCUCGCUACGCACAGGACGACAGGGAAGAAUAAACUACCACCCCCCCUGGCCCUUCCUGACCACCCCCAGGGUGAAGAAGUCCACACCCCACGAACAACACUCCUCACGCAACAGAAGCAUAAGCCUAAAAAGCGUAAGAGGCAUCAGGACCUUCAACCCUAGCGAAUAUGCAAAGAGGGAAUACAUAUUUAACACAUGGAAGGAACUAGCCAAGGCCUUUUCCUACAGCUUUUACGACUUACCGGUUCUGGAGGAUUACCACAUUUUUCAGAGGAGCAAAAUAAAUGAGGCGUACGACUUUGUUAAGAAUAAGCGUCAUUUAAUUUUGCGGCCGGAAAUAACCCCCCAGUUGGUGAGACACCUGUUUGUGCGUGAAGAGAGGGCACAUCAAGUGGGCCGCCACGAAGGGGGUGAAGAAGAUCAAUUGGGUCAAUUGGCUAAACAGAGGGACGAUAACCAAAUUAGUGAACAUGUUGGACAGACGAUCGGUCAGGAAGGGAGUCAUCCUGCUCCACCCCAGAGUGGAGUAUUAACGAACCGCGUGCAGGUCAAGCCGUACCGACUGCACAAUCUACGCAAGGUACAUAAAAUGAGCACCAUCGGGCAGUGCUUCCGAUACGAACGAACAACCAGCUGCAGAAAAAGAGAACACUACCAGUGGAAUAUGGACAUAAUAGGCACAGACCUCAUAGACGCAGAUGUAGAAAUCCUAACCGUCUUGAUCUCCUUCUUCCGUCGAGUCCACUUACUCCCCACCGACGUAGUCAUAAAAAUAAAUGACAAGCGAAUUGUUACACAGAUGGUAAAAAGAAUUUUCAAGACUUCCCUAAGGGAAUUUUCAGACCCCUACAUUCAACAUCAUGUCGUGCAAAAUACCCUACACAACUUGGACAAGUAUAAAAAAAUAUCCAAUGGGACGUUUAAAUUUUUGCUACAGAGGAAGAUGCCCUACUUGCACAAACACGAAGUAAUCAACUUUUUUAACAUCAUUGGGAAAAUACAAAGUUUACCUGACCUGGCAAUAUUUUUUAAUUCCCCAGGGGAGCAACGCAUUCUUUCCGAUUUGCACACCGUGUUGAAUUAUUUUCAGGAAAUAAAUUUAAACAAUUACUUCGAGAUAGACUUAACUGUCGUCAGAGGGAUGGAUUACUACACGAACAUAAUUUUUGAAAGUUUCUACAGGCAUAAGAAGUACAGAGCAAUUUGUGGCGGGGGGAGAUAUACUUACCUUCUUAACGGGGGACAGCGUGUGUGUGCAGUGGGGUUUGGCAUGGGGGACGUCGUCAUCACGGAGAUUUUAUUCAACAGCCAAGCGCGUCACGGGGGGAACGACGCGGAACACUUAACGGACGAACUUUACAAAAACGUCGACGUGGUGAGCUUCUUUCCCCCCCUGGCAAAGCAGCAUAUUGGCUACCCCCCACGCAGCAUCACACAGAGGGAACACUUCCACAUAGUGGACACGCUGCGCAGAAACGGUGUGCGUGUGCACUCCCUCCUCCAGGCUGGCAACAACGGUAGCCUUUCCAAAGCUUUGAAGAAGGCCAACUCCCUGCACGCAAAUUUUUUUUUCUUCUUUGAUGAACACAGUGGAGUCUUCUUCCUGAAGGAUUUGAGAACGGGGGGGCAACGCGCAGUGACCUCGGAGGACGUCCUGUCGGUCUACUCCUCGGGCGUUUCGCCGCCACCCCAGUAG